AUGUUGCAAGAUUUAUUGUUUAAGAGAGCACUGGCUAAUGAUAGGCCAACUGUUACAACAAGUUAUUCCUCAAUGGAUGAGUUUCCCCUACCAGAUCUUAAUAGUGUAGAUUGUGGAAAUUAUGUAACUCAACCUACUUUACAAUAUAAUAAUACGUAUUGGUUUGGAUUAUUUGCACCAAAAUUUUCAUUUCUCAAUAACCCACAACCUGGUCGUCAAGAUGUAAUAAUGAUCUUCACGAUUGUUGAUCCGUCAUACAAUCAUGAUACGGAUUAUAAUACUUUCAUGAUUGCCAUGUCCGACUCAGAACACAAUGCAAUUAUUGAUCCAUAUGCGAAUUCAUUUGAUAAUUCCUCCUAUGCAAAUUUCGUCACAGCAGUUCAAAAAAGAAAUCAAUACGACUUGGGAGUAGGAUUUGUGAGUAAUAAUGAUGACGCACCUCAAAAUAAUUUCGGACUUUCAUCUAAUUAUCCGAUACCUUAUAUCCAGACAACUAUUCAUUCAAUCAGAGUAUCAUUAGAUAAAACCACAGCGGUUGCAAUUAGUGCUCUUCAUUAUUUACUCGAAACUGAAAAUGAGCAAAGGCAAUUUCUGACAGUUAUUUCGGGUCUUAUCGCAGUGUGGGGAGGAUUAUCAGCAGUUUAUAUAUUUUUAUUUGGUGUUAAUUCGAUUAAACCAUGGGGAUGCAUUCAAGAAAAAUGUUUUAAACGGAAAGUCCUUGAUAAACUAAAUAAAUCGGGUGCAAUGACAUUUGCAACAGAUCCUGACGUCGAAAAAUAUUCAGAUGAAGCCAGGAUUAAUGGAUUAGAAAUAUUUUUUAAAGAUUACGUUGUUGAUGUUAGUUUAUUAAAGCAACAACGCAUAAAGAAUAAAUAUUUGGAGAUUGAUGAUGAUGUUAAGAGCAGAGGAUCUACGUAG